GAGCCGUACGCAACUACUGCUGCGGCAAAUAAUUCGGGACGUCAAAUGGGUAUGAUUGGGAUCAUCUUUGCACGACAUACCAGACAUUGGUUCACUUUACAGCAUCAUCCUCGAAAACGGAACGCUGUGCCCAGCGUUGCUCCACUUUUUAUAUUCGGGCCCAAAACCGUAGGCUGACGCCUGCCCGAUGCUUCCUUCUCGCUUCUGGGUCGCGUAAGUCUAGGUUGGGACUUCAGGUUCCACAUUAUGGUGGUGGCCCCUUGGGAGUUUAACUUCCCGUCGCCGGUUCUUGCCUGACACCUUUGACACCCAACGCUUAAGAAGAGAUUCGACGGAUAUACCUAUUCUAGUGUGGGCCCAUUCCGUCACGACUUCAGAACCUUUCGAAUUGAUCUCGCCUGGAUGCCCAAAUUCUUGGGUGCUCGACCGUGUUUAUGUGAUCGCUUGCAAUCAUGCGAUUUCUGCAAUUAUUGCUCCCACUGUUGUCGUGGACAUCGUUUGCACUCGCUCAAUCAUCCGGGCAAUCAACUGGAUUAGCCGCAGUCGUUGCCCAGCUCUCACCAUGUGCACAAGAAUGCUUGGGUGCCGCGAUCCAGGAAUCCUCAUGCGGAGCUACUAACAUCACGUGUAUUUGCACAAAUGCACGGUUGCAAGAUAAUGUGCAAACGUGCUUGCUCUCUUCAUGUACUCUCAAGGAAUCUUUGGUCACGAAAAAUGUCACUGCGACCACAUGUCAUGUCCCGCCGCGCAACAAGAGCGAGACAUCCCGAGUUGCCAACAUCGUUCUUUCUGUUGUUAGUGUCGCCUGCGGCCUGACAAGGAUCGUAUACAAAGCGUUGUACUCCAUGGCUGAGCUCGGAUGGGACGACUACACCAUCAUCAUGACCCUUUUCGCUGGUGUCCCCAGCGUGGUGUUGAUCGACCGUGAAUUACUACCCAAUGGACUUGGACAAGAUGUCUGGACUAUUGCAUUCGAUCAAAUAACCGCCUUCGUACGCUGGCUGUACGUUCUCGAGAUUUUAUACUUUUUCCAGAUGACCCUGUUGAAGCUUACGCUUCUGUUCUUCUUCCUGCGGAUCUUCCCGAAGACGAUCAUCAGAAAUCUCCUGAAGGGAACCAUCGUGUUUACCAUACUAUACGGCCUCACAUUCGUGGUCGUUGCCAUCUUUCAAUGUCGACCAAUCAGUUACUACUGGGACAAUUGGGAUAAGGAGCACAUGGACGGGCAGUGCAUUGAUGUGAAUGCGCUGGCGUGGAGUAAUGCGAUCAUCAGUAUCGUUCUCGACAUAUGGAUGCUAGUGCUUCCUCUAUAUGAGGUUUUCGGGCUGCAGCUAUCCUGGCGCAAGAGGAUAAGUGUGGCGGUCAUGUUCCUUGUGGGUACAUUCGUCACGGUCGUAUCUGGCCUCCGCCUGCAAUCGCUUGUCUUAUUCGCCGCCUCCGCAAACCCGACAUGGGACCAAGUCGGCGUCGUUAACUGGUCCAACAUCGAGAUCAACGUCGGUAUCAUUUGCGCUUGCCUUCCCACGAUCCGGGUCAUACUCGUCCGCGCCUUCCCUAGCAUCAUGGGCACUACCAGAGCGUCAAGCCAGGCUUACCACGCGAAAUACGGAUACGGAGACGGCAGUCGAGGACUGGGCAAUACAAUAGGGAGUAGAGUGGGACAAAUGAGUGGGAGAGGAGUGAACGAGAUCACAUACACGAAGACGUUUGAGAUCAGACAUGCAGACAACGAUGAGGUGGAGUUGAUGCACAUGGAUGAAUUCGGGAAACAAAGUCCGAACUCGAAAACAAAGAGCAGCAACACAAGCAUAGUGAGCUUGUAGACUUGCGAAUUUGAUUCAUUCGGUUUACCCAAGAUUGCACAUACAUGGAGGAAAUUGUGAGUGAUGUCUAGGGAAUUGCGCCUGCCUAAUU